AUGAUGCAACGAUACGGCUUCCCUCCCCCCGACCCGACCAUAAUCACCGAGACAGUCCAUCUCGGCGACUUCUCGGUCCGGACUUACACCCCCAACGACGCCAGUGACGCCAAUCUCCCUCUCGGGGUCUACUUCCACGGAGGCGGCUUCGUCAUGGGCAGCGUCGAGCAAGAAGAUGGCUUCGCCCGCGCCCUAAGCAAGAAUGCCCAGAUGAGGAUCGUCAGCGUCGGGUAUCGACUCGCGCCCGAGUUCAAGUUCCCGACUGGGUUGAACGACGGGGUGGCUGCUGCCGUUUGGGCCCUCGAUCACUUUGGUGCUGACGAGAUUACCUUGAUGGGGACUUCUAGCGGUGGCAAUCUUGCGUUUGGGGUCGGGCUGAAGCUCAUUGAGAUGAUGGGUAUGCGGGAUAGGGUCAAGGGAGUGGUGGCGUUGGCUCCGGUGACGGUUCACCCUGAUGCUGUGCCGCUGGACAAGAGGGAGGGUUAUACCUCGUAUGACGAGAAUGACGAGUACACGGUCAACAGCAAGUCGGCGAUGCUAUCCUGGUUGGACACGUAUGGUGGCACGCCGGAGGAUCCAUAUCUGUCUGUUCUUCUUCACCCCCGCCUCGGGGAUUUGAAGAAGGUAUACGUGACCGAGUCUGGGGCGGAUACGCUGCGAGAUGACGCAAGGCUCAUGAAGGAUAGUCUUGAGGAAGCUGGCGUGGCGGUUCUGUACGAUGCUUAUCCUGGUUAUCCGCACUACUCGUGGUUGUUCCCUUGCAAGAGUCUUGCGGAGCAUCAAAAGGUAUUCUGGGGAAACAUGUUCAAGGGAAUUCAUUGGGUGGCCAGUGACUAG